CAAUAAGAUCUCCCCCCCCCCCCCCCCGAAUCUUCUAAAUUCCAGAGUAUAAGCCUAGUCGAUCCAGUCUUUCCUCAUAUGAAAGUCCUGCCAUCCCAGGAAUCAAUCUGGUGAACCAUUGUACUCCCUCUAUGGCAAGAAUGUCUUUCCUCAUCUACUAUAAACGCUGCCUGGGCAGGGUGAAAAACAUUAUCAAUAAUGCAUCUCACCCUAACCAUGGACUUUUUACUCUCCUCCCAUCCGGUAGGCGCUACAGGUGCCUCCGCUCCCGCACCAGCAGACACAGGAAGUGCUUCUUCCCUGAGGCUGUGACCUUGCUGAACCUCACAUCCCAGCGCUAAGCAGUAUUGCUGCAUUUCAUUGGCUUUGUAUCUGUACACGCCACAAUGAUGAUAGUUGACGCUAAUCCAGUAGGUGGCGGUAAUGGUCUGCUAGCGGUGGUUACAGCUAACAACUGUAAACAACUGCCGUCGCUCUGUAAUAUCUUUACCCCCACCAUUGUUCGAGUCAGGGAAGGAGCGGUAAUAGCUGAUGCAAUGUUCGGAAUGUGCUUCUUGCACAACCCCGGACCGUGGAAACGAUUUGACUUUGGCGUCCCAAGUUACUGGAUAUUGUUGCUCCACCUUCUGCUGCAGCAGGAACCGCAUUACGUGUCUGGUGCGGAAGACAAAGAAGAAUUGGUCGGAGUCCUUGGUUCAUCAGUUUUACUGGAUCCUAAAGUCAGAGUUGAUCUCAACAAAAGUGAAGUUCUUUGGACAUUCGUUGCCAGCCACAGAAGCUCUCUCACCGUUAUACAUCACAUCCCACAAUACUUGAAGUGGGCCGAGCCCAGUGAGCAGUUCAAGUCCCGUUUACAGUUUAAUCCGUCUAACAGCUCUCUGGUAGUGAACAGAUUAGAAGCCGAUGACGAGGGAGUUUACAGCUUCACUGUGGAUAGAAAAACACUGAAAAUAAUCCAAUUGUUCCUCUUUGGGAGGCUGGUUGAAGCUCUGAUAUUGUCCAACUCCACUUCCCACGGUCGUGGUUCCACCAUCCAGCUCAUCUGUAACGUCAGUGGAGAUCCUCAUCAGUAUCAAUGGUGGAAAGAUGGAGGGGAAAUCUCCCAGCCUUACCAGCUGACAGACGGUAAUAGGACUCUUGUAAUCAUGAAGGCUUCAAGACGUGACUGUGGAAUAUACACUUGUGUGGCAACCAAUCCUGUCAGCUCCAUCCAGUCAGACUACACCCUGACUGUUCUCGGCUUUCCCUCUGAGGACAUCGCAGUUAUAACUCUGUCGAUCAUAGAACUGAUGAUUUCUUCAGUCUUUCUUCUUGAUGGUGUUCUUCAGCUCUGCUGGAAUUUGGAACCUGACAAAGUUCUGAAGAACCACGAAAGUUGGUUGCUGGGCCUGUUUAUCUGUGACGUUGCGUCUCUUGUGGCAAUCUUCAUUGCCCUCAUUUGCUGGAUUCGCAUUGAAGGUUCGAACCCUUUUGCAGUGGCGGCUUCCUGGACUGUGCCUCUCCUGUUUUUGAUUUUGUUUCUACCGUUCUCCGUUACAAACCCAGUCUGUUUCUGGAAAAAUACAGGGUUUUGGAAAUGGACUCUAUUUGGACUUCACAUUGUUGUGUUCAUCACCUCGAUUACGUUCUUAGCAUUAACAAGUAAUCCAAACUAUCAAAUUUGUGACAGCAGCUUCAUAACCUGGAGAGUAUUCUUUGCAACAAUGUUUAUCUCUACGGUGAUCUUUCUCCUCUACCUUUUGCUCUAUCAGUCCCCAGGAACAGGACUUGCCUUUAACAUCUGGAGAAGCUAUAUCCAGAGGAAUGAUCAAAACCAAGAAACAAGGGAAGGCAGGUGUACUGAAGUACAGGGGUUAGAAGUUAUGCAAGAUGACGAAUGACCAAUCUCUUCAAUUAGAAUUGGCACCACAUUCAGCAGCUUCUGAUGCAUUUUAGUGGACAGAUACUUGCCUCCCAAUGACCUUGCUUUGGGUAGGAGCCUGAGAAGAGGGAAGAAGCCUCAGUUCUCCUUCUCUCAGCUCUAGGUAGGACAUUUAGACCCUAGUAAUCUGGCUGAAUUUCCAUUAGCACUGGAAUCAAUAGGAUAGCCAGUCCUCUGCAAUUUUUAAGCAACACACAUCAAAGUUGCUGGUGAACGCAGCAGGCCAGGCAGCAUCUCUAGGAAGAGGUACAGUCGACGUUUCGGGCCGAGACCCUUUGUCAGGACUCUGCAAUUUUUGGCAGUAUUUUCAUUAGCACUGGAAUUAUUAUUUCAGAUUCUGAGAGUAGGCAGAGGGAGUCUCUUGUUCUUGGGCCUUGUACAGUACACCCGAAGUUCAUUAGGACUAAUGCUCAUAGACGUCACUAGUAAGCAAAUUCCACACAAUGUAGGUGAUGUUAGAUUUUGGCUCCCACAAAUGCUUGGACUGUUGUGUCUGAGAGUUAGAAGCUGAGGUUUAUUUCAGUCGUGUCUGGUCACAGAUGUCUGCCACAUCACACAAGUUGCUGCUUGCUGCUGCCAGGGGUAUUGGCUGUGGCUAUAGCUAUGGAGAUUUACCUAGGUCCCCUUGGAGAGGAGAAACAUCUCCUUCUGGUCCCUUUCCCACCACCUCCCCACCCCUCAAGCCUCUGGCAGCUCUCCCCAUUUUCAGAUGUUGCAGCUUGUGUACACUAGCAGCUCGUUCCACACUCACACCACCCACAGGUUUCCCUUCAAUAGUUCAUCUUUCACCCUUAACAUAUGACCUCUAGUUCUAGUUUCACCUAAACUCAGUGGAGUAAGUUUGCUUGCAUUUACCCUCUCUAUAACCCUCAUAAUUUUGUAUACCUCUAUCAAACUUCCGCUCAGUUUCCUACACUCCAGAGAUAAAAAACAAGUCCCAACCUAUUCAACCUUUCCCUAUAACUUGAUUGAGAUGUAUCAGAUGAUAAGAGGCAUUGAACAUCCAGCUCCUUUCUCCAGGUGGCAAUGAAUAAUACAAGAGUGCAUACUCUUAAUGUCAUUGGAGGAAAAUAUGGGGUGUGACGUCCGAGGUAGAUUUUUUACAGAGAGUAAUGGUAAUGUCUGGACGCAUGGUAGUUUUGGCUGAUUCGUUAGUGACAUUAAGAGAUUCUUGAGAUGGGCUCCUGGAUAAAUAAAGAUGGGGGUGGUUAUUGUCAAUGUAGGAUGAAGGGUUUUGACUGAUCAUUGAGUAGGUUUGUACGGGUCCGCACAACAUUGUGAGCUAUAUAAUGUUCCAUUUUAACAUCAACUUAAAACUAACACAAUAUAUUCAUAACUCAAGUGUGUACAAAAAUUAACAAUAACAUUAGUGCAAAAUUGAGGGAGAGAAAUAGAAAAAGUCUUGUCUGAGGUAGUAACACACAUCAAAAUUGCUGGUGAAUGCAGCAGGCCAGGCAGCAUCUCCAGGAAGAGGUACAGUCGACGUUUCGGGCCGAGACCCUUCGUCAGGAAGACCUAGUAAGAGAUUUGAAGGUGGGAGGGGGAGGGGGAGAUCCAAAAUGAUAGGAGAAGACAGUUAGGAUGCAGGAGUGGGCUGAGAAGUGGCAGAUGGAGUUCAACCUGGAGAAGUGUGAGGUUGUACACUUUGGAAGGACAAACUCCAAGGCAGAGUACAAAGUAAAUGGCAGGAUACUUGGUAGCGUGGAGGAGCAGAGGGAUCUCGGGGUACAUGUCCACAGAUCCCUGAAAGUUGCCUCACAGGUGGAUAGGGUAGUUAAAAAAGCUUAUGGGUUGUUAGCUAUCAUAAGUCGAGAGCUAGAGUUUAAGAGUCGCGAUGUGAUGAUGCGGCUCUAUAAAACUCUGGUUAGGCCACACUUGGAGUACUGUGUCCAGUUCUGGUCACCUCUCUAUAGGAAGGAUGUGGAAGCAUUGGAAAGGGUACAGAGGAGAUUUACCAGGAUGCUGCCUGGUUUAGAAAGUAUGCAUUAUGAUCAGAGAUUAAGGGAGCUAGGGCUUUACUCUUUGGAGAGAAGGAGGAUGAGAGGAGACAUGAUAGGAGUGUACAAGUUAAUAAGAGGAAUAGAUGGAGUGGAUAGCCAGCGCCUCUUCCCCGGGGCAGCACUGCUGAAUACAAGAGGACAUGGCUUCAAGGUAAGGGGUGGGAAUUUCAAGGGGGAUAUUAGAGAGUGGUUGGUGCGUGGAAUGCACUGCCUGAGUCAGUGGUGGAGGCAGAUACACUAGUGAAGUUUAAGAGACUACUAGACAGAUAUAUGGAGGAAUUUAAGGUGGGGGCUUAUAUGGGAGGCAGAGUUUGAAGGACGGCACAACAUUGUGGGCCGAAGGGCCUGUACUCUGCUGUACUAUUCUAUGUUCUAUGUUUUAAAAAAAGGAGGACAUCUCCCUCGUCCUGGAAUGAAAAGCCUCAUACUGAGAGCAGAUGCGGCGGAGACGGAGGAAUUGCGAGAAGGGGAUGGCAUUUUUGCAAGAGACAGGGUGUGAAGGGGAAUAGUCCAGAUAGCUGUGAGAGUCAGUAGGCUUAUUGUAGACAUCAGUAGAUAAGCUGUCUCCAGAGAUAGAGACAGUAAGAUCUCGAAAUGGGAGGGAGGUGUCGGGAAUGGACCAGGUAAACUUGAGGGCAGGUUGAAAGUUGGAGCCAAAGCUAAUAUAGCCAACGAGCUCAGCAUGCGUGCAGGAAGCAGCGCCAAUGCAGUUGUCGAUGUAGCGAAGGAAAAGUGGAGGACGGAUACCAGAAUAGGUUUGGAACAUAGAUUGUUCCACAAAGCCAAUGAAGAGGCAGGCAUAGCUAGGACCCACAUGGGUGCCCAUAGCUACACCUUUAGUUUGGAGGAAGUGGGAGGAGCCAAAGGAGAAAUUACUAAGAGUGAGGACUAAUUCUGCUAGACGGAGCAGAGUGGUGGUAGAGGGGAACUGAUUAGGUCUGGAAUCCAAAAAGAAGCGGAGAGCUUUGAGACCUUCCUGAUGGGGUCAGGAAGUCUCUAUCUCUUGCACAAUUCCUAUUUUCACCCUGUCUCUUGCAAAAAUGCUAUCCCCUUCUCGCAAUUCCUCCGUCUCUGCCGCAUCUGCUCUCAGGGUGAGGCUUUUCAUUCCAGGACGAGGGAGAUGUCCUCCUUUUUUAAAGAAAGGGGCUUCCCUUCCUCCACCAUCAACUCUGCUCUCAAACGCAUCUCCCCCAUUUCACACACAUCUGCUCUCACUCCAUCCUCCCGCCACCCUACUAGGAAUAGGGUUCCCCUGGUCCUCACCUACCACCCCACCAGCCUCCGGGUCCAACAUAUUCUCCGUAACUUCCGCCACCUCCAACGGAAUCCCACCACUAAGCACAUCUUUCCCUUCCCCCCCGCUUUCCGCAAGGAUCGCUCCCUACGCGACUCCUUUGUCCAUUCGUCCCCCCCAUUCCUCCCCACUGAUCUCCCUCCUGACACUUAUCCUUGUAAGCGGAACAAGUGCUACACAUGCCCUUACACUUACCCCCCUUACCACCAUUCAGGGCCUUGACAGUCCUUCCGGGUGAGGCGACACUUCACCUGUGAGUCGGCUGGGGUGAUAUUCUGCGUCCGGUGCUCCCGAUGUAGCCUUCUAUAUAUUGGCAAGACCCGAUGCAGACUGGGAGAUCGUUUUGCUGAACACCUACUCUCUGUCCGGCAGAGAAAGGAGGAUCUCCCAGUGGCCACACAUUGUAAUUCCACAUCCCAUUCCCAUUCUGACAUGUCUAUCCACGGCCUCCUCUACUGUAAAGAUGAAGACACACUCAAGUUGGAGGAACAACACCUUAUAUCCCAUCUGGGUAGCCUCCAACCUGAUGGCAUGAACAUUGACUUCUCUAACUUCCACUAAUGCCCCACUUCCCCCUCGUACCCCAUCCAUUAUUUAUUUUUAUACACACAUUCUUUCUCUCACUCUCCAUUUUCUCCCUCUGUUCCUCUGACUAUACCUCUUGCCCAUCCUCCUGGUUCCCCCCCCACCUUUAUUUCUCCCCGGACCUCCUGUCCCAUGAUCCUCUCAUAACCCUUUUGCCAAUCAGCUGUCCAGCUGUUGGCUCCAUCCCUCCCCCUCCUGUCUUCUCCUAUCAUUUUGGAUCUCCCCCUCCCCCUCCCACUUUCAAAUCUCUUACUAGCUCUUCCUUCAGUUAGUCCUGACGAAGGGUUUCGGCCCAAAACGUCGACUGUACCUCUUGUUACGUACCCCAUAACUGGGUUGCCAGACCAGCAGAAAUGGACCACUCAGUUGGAGUCUGGAUUACUGGAACUAAGAAAGUUUUAUUAAAGAAAUAAGCAACAGAGUACUCUAAUAGUAAGGAUAUAAAUGCAACAGGUUAGCAAUGAAUAAACACAUGUCCACAGAACUAGGAUAAUAGGGUCAAUCAGCUCUAUCGCAUACUAGGGGUAAAAGUUCAAUCACAAGUGACAGAGUUCAGUUUAGUUCAGUUCGCAGUAAUCGCCAUCGUGCCAUUGGAGAGAGAGAGAGAACGAAUGAAUAUUCAAAUCGGAUUCCAAACAGACCUUCGAUAUUCCUCGCAGUUAGCUUUCGGGCGAGCCCUUUGUAAUGUCUUCUGAGGUCACCAACUGUGACCCUUCUGUUUCAGAUACGAUCGUUCCUCUGUGGUGAACCCGGCACCCAGGCAAGGGUGGACACACACACCAGGUUCCCGCCGACGGUAUCUUUCCACCCUGUGCGUCUAUGGCUGGACCCGCGACAGUCCUCCAAAAACUCCCACUUGUGGGGGCACACCGCUUCCAGGGUCUCGUUACCUCGUGGUGUCGUGUGUGUUGUCUUAGCGAACCUGUUCCUUUUUAUCCCCCUGCUGGGGUAUCGCCUGUCCAUCACACUUCAAACAGUUCAGGGUUCAAAAGGAGCCGGUCUUGACAAUACUCAGACCGGUGUCUCCUUCUGUUAAACUCUCUCGUUUCUUCAUUAACAUUUCCAAAUGCUGCUCCAUUGUCUUACUUAUCUCUCUCUCCUGAAGACAGGUGGCAGAUCAGCUGUUGAUCCCACUGGUGCUAGCACAGGACAGUUAACAUCUUAGUCUAUGUGUACUCUUUGUAACCCUCUUUCGUCACACUCUUCCUAGAGAUGCUGCCUGGCCUGCUGUGUUCACCAGCAACUUUGAUGUGUGUUGCUUGAAUUUCCAGCAUCUGCAGAAUUCCUCGUUUUUUGUCUGAGGUCAUGUUAGGUUUUUCAGUUCAGUUCAAGAUCCUGAGGGCAGUGGGGCAGAAACUGUUGUUAAAGUGAGGUGUGGGUCUUCAGAACUUCGCCAUGGACGGUCCCAAGCCCGGCUGUGAAAGGAGGAGGGUUAGGCAUGGGGCGAGCAACCUCAUCCUGUAAAAAGCCACUGCUACAGAAACACCGAAGUCCUCAUCCCUGGGAGAGGAAGGAUACACCAAGAAGAUAGACCACACCUGGGGACAACUUACAGAGUGGCCCAGGACAGAGGGCUCUGUCGAGCUGCUGUUGGCAGCCUCUGCCCCUGUACAGAUGAUGUGCUUAAGUAUGUAAGAAAAUGGCGCCAGUGAACAACACAGCCAACGAUGACAUCCCGUAAACGAUUCACAAAACUGCUACUGUCAGUUCUUUUAUGUCAUCUUUUACUUUAAUACUUGUUUCUACUACUUUUGGAACCUGUGAUCUAUAUUUUGGUGUUGUGUUAUUGGGCCAAUUGAGUGAUCUGGCACUUUGCUGUCUCUGAGGGUGUUCAGUCAUGUUUCAAGCAAAGCCUGGAGAUGAGGCACAAAUCCAUGAUUGACUCCAUUUAUCACUGACUAAAGCAUUGAAAUCAUCAAACCGAGUGCGUGCUUAGCGCUGUCGACUUCUUGCUACUGCUGCAAGUGACAGUCUCUUUUUCCCUCUCGCUACAGAGGACUGUGCUGGAAUCCUGGGUUUUGGGCAUGGCUCAAUUGAAGCAUUUUGUGGGUUGGACUCUAGGUCACAUUGUGAUGUGUUUCUGGUUUCUGGUCACUCCUUUGUUUUAUUGCUAUUUUGGACGAAUUUAAUUGAGGUGGCCUUAAUUUAACGAAUGAUAUAGCACCAGACUGAACGGAACUCGAUAUCCCUGACUUGGUUUUGUGUUUUGUUUUAUUUAAUUUACUUUUAGAUUUUUAUUUACUUGUUAACUAAUUGAUUGGUUUAUUGGCUGACAUACAGUGCAGAAAAGGCCCUUACAGAUCUUCGAGCUGCACUGCCCAGCAACCCACCGAUUUAACCUUACCCAGGUCAUGGGACAAUUUAUGAUGACCAAUUAACCCACCAACCGACACAUCUUUGAGCGGUGGGAGGAAACCUAAGGGUAACGGUGAGCAGGUACAAACUCCUUACAGGCACAGCAGGAAUUGAACCCGGGUCACCUGUAUUGUAAUGCAUUCUACUAACUACUGUGCUAUGUGCUGUGUUUAUCACUUUUUUUGUGUGUGUUGUGGGGGGGGGUGGUUUAAUGCUUUUCUUUGAAUGGGUUCCAUGGAGUUUCUUUAUUUCGUGGCUGCUUGUGGGAAGACGUGGCUGUGUAAUACAUACGUACUUUGAUAAUAAAUGUACUUUGAAUCUUUGAACCUCUCCUCCAAGUUCUCCAUCUGCACAGAUGCAGCACAAGGCUGUGUGCUUGGUCCCCUGCGCUACUUUUUUUUUGCACACCUAUGACUGUCUGGCUAAGCACAGCUCCAAUGCCAUGUUCAAGUUUGCUGAUGGCAGCAUUGCCAUACGCCAAAAAACCAAGGAGCUGAUUAUAGACAUCAGAAGAAGGAAACAGGAGGUCCAUGAGCCAGUUUUCAUGGGAGGAUCAGAGGUGGAGAGGGUCAGUAGCUUUAAA